AUGGACGCCGACUGGACCACGACGGCACUCUUCUCGCCGUCCAAGGCACGCGUACAACAAGCGCAAGCGAAAGAUUGGGCUGCAGUGGAUUCAUGGCUCGCGAAGAAAUACGGACCACGACUUCCCACCUUCGAGCGCAACGAGGCGACUUUGCAGGCAUUGCUCCAGCUUGCCAGCCUGAACGAGACAGCAGACGAGCAGCGGAGCCAAGUAGAGCGUAUCGAGAAGGCUGCACUGCACGGCCUCACGAAGCGACCGGGCGGGAUCAGCGACGAUGUUCUUCCCCCAUUGCUUUCUGAAUUGGCCAACGAAACGCAUGUCGAUACUCUCGCCGAGAUCCUCGUUACCGUCGAUGCGCCGAAUGCAGAUGUGGUGCGCGCAGGGCAUCGCAUAGUCGACCUUACCUCUUCCAAUUUCGAGCGGAGCCAACAGCUGAAGCGUACCGAAGCGCAGCUUGAUGCUCUACGGACUGAACAGAACCGAGUCAAGAGCCUAUUGGAGGAGCUGCGAAGUGAUGAUUUCCGAGCUCCCGAAGACAUUGCUGAGCACACCACGGAAUGGACACGAUCGACAAAACAAUUGAAGGCAAAGAUUGCAGAAUACGACGAGCGACUGGCAUCUAGUAGACCAGCCACGGCCACUGCUGGACUCGAUGCUGUGCAGAGAAAAGCAGACGAGGUCUCUAAUUACCGUGUCCGGCUUGCAAGUCUAGAAGCAGAGCUACACGCCUUCCGGGAUCUGCCAGCCGAUGCUUGCUCCGCCCGAAAUGUAAUCGAGGAAGCCAGAGAUCGACUACGAGACCUUACAAGCAGGCGGAAUAAGCUAUUUGAGAGCCUCGCUGAAACAUGA